GCGACAUCAUGGGCGAUGAGCCGACAGGUCCCAAUUUGAUGGACGAGGAGUACUACAUGUUUCGCAACCAAGGUAUGGUCAACUCUGAACUAGCACGUCGUGUGGCUUUAUUGUAGUUAGAAUUAUGUGCAGUUUUUAUUUUGAACGUGAUGUUUCAACAAAUGCCCGUAGGAUCCGAUAAUGACAGCAUGGAUGAUGAGAGCGAAGCAACCAUGACUGGUGGUAAUCCUAGCGAGAUUGAUCCAUUUGACUUUGUCUACUCAAACAUUCCAGACAACACUCACAUCCUGAAACUCGCCGCAAACUGUGAACACUGCAAGGCCAGAAAAUUUGAGUCUGAGACUGACGGGUUCUGCUGUCGCAAUGGCCAGAUCGAACUUAAGCAACCGGAACCAGUCCCAGAGUUGAUGAGGCUAUGGUCCAGCAUGGAGGCAGAUUCUAGACAUUUUCGGGAGAACAUACGGUUCUUCAAUGGGCAUUUUGCCUUCACAACCCUUGGCGUCAGCCUUGAUGAAAACUACACAAACAUGAAGUCUGGGGUGUACACAUUCCGGGAACACAGCACCAUCUACCACAAUGUGCAUUCGUUCGGGCCUAGCUCCCGUCCUGAACAUCUGCAGUUGUACUUCUAUGAUGACGACCCAAACCUUAAUCAUCGUAAGGCGGCGACCAAUCAAUUAGACCAGGAUGUCGUGAAGAUGUUAGUAGACAUACUCAAAGAAAACCCAUACUCCCAGCAAUUUAGGAGUUUGGGUGCACACAAGGACAACCUCGAUGAUUAUAGGAUAGACCUAAACACCGAUAAGAGGCUUGACCAAAGAAGAUAUAAUAGACCGCUGUCAACUGAGGUUGCUGCAAUUUGGGUUGAGGGCAGUGACCUAGCCAAAAGGUUUGACAGGAGGAUAACGCUUUGUGGUAACAACAACGAAAGGCACAGUAUACGUGUGACCUCCGGAGCAUAUGAUCCGUUGUCUUAUCCCCUAUUCUAUCCAAGGGGGGAGCUAGGUUGGCACCCAAAGCUACCUAAACAUAAUGUUCCAUGGGAGGUUGUACAACAUCCUCAACUGGGCCAUGAUGAUGAGGAUGAUGCAGAGGGGAAUAGCAGGUUAUGCGUCUCCGUUAGAGACUACUACUGUUACAUGCUGCAAACACGGCCUGCGAUCUUCAAUCCCAUACUCUGUGGAGCACGCCUGCUGCAGCAAUGGGCGGUCGACAUGUACAUCAAGAUUGAGAGUUGUCGGUUGAGGUGGUAUAGGAAGAACCAGACGCAGAUUCGUGCCGACUUGUAUAAAGGAGUUGUUGAUGCGAUCACAUCGGGGGAGACGAGAGCGAGCGCUAUUGGCACCCGAAUAGUUCUCCCUGGAACAUACCCUGGUGGCGACCGCGACAUGAAGAAGAGGCAUAUGGAUGCCAUGGCAAUUGUCCAUACAUACGGGAAGCCUGACAUCUUCUUGACCAUGACUUGCAACCCUAAAUGGGAAGAGAUAACAAAUGAGUUGCUUCCUGGUCAGACGGCGCAAGACCGACCUGAUAUUGUGGCUCGCGUGUUCUACGGCAAACUAGAGGCUAUGAAAUACAUGUUGUUCAAGAAGCAUAUCCUGGGUGUUGUGGUCGCUUACGUUUACGUAGUCGAGUUCCAGAAGAGGGGCCUCCCCCAUGCACAUUUUCUGUUGAUCAUGGAUUCAACAUAUAAGCUUGUCGUCCCGGAGCAGUAUGACCGACUAAUUUCUGCAGAGCUCCCAAACAAGCAGAAGUAUCCGGAAUUGCAUGCAUUGGUGGUAAAACAUAUGAUGCACGGACCCUGCGGUGCUCUCAACCCGAAGAAUGUUUGCAUGCAAGAUAACGAAUGCAAGUGCAGAUACCCGCGCCCGUUCAAUGAGAACACAGCACAAGGCAAGGACUCAUACCCAGUUUAUCGGCGUAGAGACGAUGGAAGUUGUGCUAAGGUCCGAGGGAAAAUGUUGGACAACAGAUGGGUUGUGCCUUAUAACCCUUACCUUUUGCGGAUGUUCAAUUGCCACAUCAACGUUGAGGUCUGCUCUAGCAUAAAGGCCGUCAAAUAUUUUUACAAGUACAUUUACAAGGGCCAUGAUAAGGCUUCUUUCAGCAUCGACCAGCCCGAUGCCGAUGGUAACAUCGAUGAGAUCAAGAGAUACGUUGACGCAAGCAUCGACCAGCCCGAUGCCGAUGGUAACAUCGAUGAGAUCAAGAGAUACGUUGACGCAAGGGUUGCAUUCAAUGCGCAGGCUGACUUGAAAAAUGUUGUCGCCUCCGAAAAUGCUUCAAAAUCCAUGUUAAAGGAGUAUUUCAAGGCUAACCAGGAACACCCUUGGGCUAGGCAUAUAUUGUACAAGGAUUUUCCCGGAAGCUUCACGUGGCAGAAGAAAAAGAAGUUUUGGAAGCCUAGGGUCGAGCGUUUUCAAAUAGGUCGCAUCGUGUCUGCCAAUCCUGCCGAGGGGGAGCGAUACUACCUGCGUGUGUUGCUAAACCAUGUUACGGGCAAAACAUCCUUCGACGACUUGCUCACCGUGGACGGCGUGCUAUGUGGGAGCUUUAGAGAUGCUGCUGAAAGGUUGGGACUCAUCGAGGCAAACAACACGCUCGACGACUGUCUUACUGAGGCUGAGCAGUGGGCGAUGCCAUGUUCUCUUAGGAGGCUCUUCGCAACCAUCUUGGUGCACUGCGAGCCAGGCGACGUGCGCGGUUUAUGGGAUAGGCACCUCGAGCCUAUGUCAGAUGACUAUCGUCGAACAUGCACGUCCCCGAACGAGGUGGAGCAGAUGGUGUUGCUUGACAUUAGGGGUAUGUUGCAGUCCAUGGGUAAAGACAUUGUUGAUUUUGCUCUGCCAAGCAUCGAUGAUGCGUUUGACCCAACCGAGGGCGAGGCAAGAGAGGUCAUCGAGGAAUCAACCGUUGAGUUUGACAUGGAUGACACUAAAUUGGCAUCUUCCCUGAACUUGGAGCAGAGGGCCGCAUACGACGAGAUACUAGCGGCUGUUGAACGCGGUGAUGGGGGUGUAUUCUUUGUUGAUGGCCCUGGAGGUACAGGAAAGACCUUCCUAUACAGGGCGAUGCUUGCCAAGGUGAGGAGCGAUGGCAAGAUUGGUAUCGCUACCGCGACGUCGGGCGUCGCCGCUUCUAUCAUGCCUGGCGGCAGGACUGCCCACUCGAGGUUCAAGAUCCCAUUGAGUUGCGAUGAUGGAGCCUCGUGCAGCUUCACCAAGCAGAGUGGGACCGCGAAGCUGCUAAGGAUGGCCUCAUUGAUAAUAUGGGACGAGGCCAGCAUGACGAAGCGACAAGCGGUCGAGGCAUUGGACAAUAGCAUGCGCGACAUUAUGGGAAUACGCGACCGACCCUUUGGAGGAAAGACUGUUGUUUUUGGUGGGGACUUUAGGCAGGUGCUUCCGAUUGUCAGAAGGGGGUCGCGGGGCCAGAUAAUUGAUGCAACCCUCCGAAGUUCUCAUCUAUGGAAGGGUAUGCGGCAGCUUCGGCUCAUCACCAACAUGAGGGCUCAUAAUGACACGUGGUUUGCAGAUUACUUGCUAAGGGUCGGCAAUGGCACUGAGGAUGUCGACGAUCAAGGCAACAUACUACUCCCUGAAGACAUCUAUCUGCCGUCUACAGGCGAGGUUGACGACCUGGAGAAGCUUAUUGACCACGUGUUUCCGAGUCUAGAUGACAACAUGUCUGAUUCGAAUUACAUGACAUCUCGCGCAAUCCUUUCCACGACAAACGACAAUGUCGACAAGAUAAACAUCCGCAUGAUAGAGCGUUUUCAUGGAGAUGAAGUAAUCUACCAUAGCUUUGACAGUGCGGAGGACGACCCAUAUGGCUACUACGCUCAGGAGUUUCUGAAUGGAUUGACUCCUAACGGUCUUCCUCCGCAUGCACUCAAGCUAAAGCUGAACUGCCCUGUCAUACUUCUAAGGAACAUUGAUCCAGCUAAUGGACUGUGUAACGGCACUAGGCUUGUUGUUAGAGGUUUUGAGAGGAACACCAUUGAUGCAGAAAUCGUGAUUGGACAACACGCUGGCAGGAGGGUCUUCCUUCCUCGAAUACCUCUCUGCCCAUCUGAAAACGACAUGUUUCCGUUCAAGUUUAAAAGGAAGCAAUUUCCUAUAAGGCUUAGCUUUGCUAUGACCAUUAACAAGGCUCAAGGGCAGACCAUCCCGAUUGUUGGUGUGUACCUACCCAAUCCCGUGUUCUCUCAUGGUCAGCUCUAUGUUGCUCUGUCUCGAGCCACCGCAAAAAGAAAUAUAAAGAUACUCAUUCAGAAGGAGAAGCCGAAGGAGAAGGCCAACAAGCAAAAGGACAAUCCAAAGAAGCGAAAAAUACCGACCAUGUCCUUACUGACGUCGAUGAAGAACAUCGUCUACAAGGAAGUCCUUACAGGCUGA